CACAUAUUACACAGAGGCUUCGCUAGGAACUUCCAACCAAUUAAGCAGUAGAGAAGAGGCGUUUUGCACUCUGGACGACCAGCACAGAAGUAAACAUACCUAGCAAAUACGACUGUGAUGGUUGGGCGUACAUCCCACACCUAUCCACUCCCCGAGAUGUCGUGGGUUGUCCAGGCAUGCUUCAUAUACAUUUGAACGCAUCUCUGGGGCGUGACCGCAAGUCAUCGCCGGUACUAUUAUAUGUGAGGCGCGUACCCGAGGGGAUAUUGUGGGUUGCUGGCGGGACUUUGGGUUCCCGAUGCGGUAGCCAAGGCUCAUCUCUCGCAUACAGGGGCCGGUCCGGAGAACGGGGCUCCAGCAAAGACCUAGAAGACGUAAUUUUUGGUUUGACACCAGAACAGAAAUGAACUCUCCAUUGUGGCGGUAACCAAAAGCCGACCAGACUACGCAUAGCUAUAUAAACAUAAACUCUUAGGCCCUCUCUUCCCUCCCAUUUGUACGAAACGAGGCUUCAUCCCAGCGACGAACCAGCUAUUAGAGCGGAAGCUUAGACAGGUCACGCUUUACCAGCUUAGCUUUCUUCUCGUCGCUCCGCACUCUAUGCCUAGCCGAGCAUAGUUUAGGCUUUUUCGUCCACGCCAGGGCCCGUAUCCCACUAAGUAUGGCCAGCCCAUCCGACUCGGACGGCAGCAAGGGUGGCAUCUUCGAGGACAUCGAGACCCCCGACAGGGGUGACGGCGCGGUGCUCCCGCUCCCCAAGAUCGAUGUCGAGCGCCUCGGCCGCCAGCGCCCCGACUCGCUCCCGAACUGGGCCGCCGAGGCUGGGUUCGUCUUCGCCAUCAUCGCCUCGCUGCUCAUGAGCGAAUACUUCAUCAGCGGUUUCAACAUCAUCCUGCCCGCGCUCGCCGAGUCGCUGCACAUCCGCGAGGAGGAGCGGACCUGGCCCGCCGGCGUCAUCAACCUGACCACCGCCGCUCUGCUCCUCCCGUGCGCCCGCCUGUGCUCGAUCCACGGUGGCCGGAUCGUGUUUCUGUGUGGGCACCUCUGGUUCCUCGUCUGGUCGCUCGUCUGCGGUUUCAGCCAGAACCCGACCAUGCUGAUCGUGAGCCGCGCGAUGCAGGGGGUCGGCGCGGCCGCCUUCAUGCCCGCGGGGCUCGCGCUGCUCGGCCAGAUCUACCGGCCCGGACCGCGCAAGAACUUCGUGUUCAGCCUGUACGGCGCGUCGGCCUGCAUCGGCUUCUACCUAGGCAUCAUCAUCAGCGCGCUCACCAGCCAGCUAGCCGACUGGAGCUGGUACUUCUUCGUCGGCACCAUCUGCAUCGCCGCCGUCGUUCUCACCGGCUUCUUCGCCAUCCCCCGCCACCUCCACCACGACGGCCCCGAUGUACGCAUGGACUGGUGGGGCUGCGGCACCAUCGUGCCCGGCCUGCUGCUCGUCGUGUACGCGCUCACCGACGGCGGGAAUGCCCCCGACGGCUGGCGGACGCCGUAUAUCUACGUAACCUUUGUGAUUGGUGGCCUCUUCCUCUGCGCCGCCGUAUAUACGCAAGGGUGGGUCUCGGCCCAGCCGCUGCUGCCGUCGGAUCUCUUCCGCCCGAAAUACAUGAAGCGUAUCUCUGCCUUCCUGUUCUGCGGAUUCGGCGUGUUCGCCAUCUUCCUAUUCUACUCUAGCUUCUACAUCGAAAAUGUCUUGAAAGCUUCGCCCAUCCAGAGUGCCGCGUGGUUCACCCCGCUCGCCAUCGGCGGUUUCAUCCUCGCCAUCACCGGGGGCUUCGUGAUGCACAUCCUCCCGGGCCGCAUCCUGCUGUGGGUCUCGGCGGCCGGAUUCCUGCUCUGCGCGCUACUAUUUCCCAUGAUCCCACCCCAGGACGGGCCGGAGCGGCUGUCGACCAACCGGUUGUACUUCUCGUACAUCUUCCCGGCGAUGGUGUGCGGCACCAUUGGCAUCGACAUCACAUACAACAUCACGAACGUGUUCAUCACGACGGCGAUGCCGCGGCGCCUGCAGGCCACCGCGGCGGGGCUCAUCACGAGCCUCGGAUUCUUCGGUAUGGCGUUCUGGCUCGGCGUCGCCGAGCUAGCCGUUUCGACGGCGGCCCGGUACCGCCGCGAGGCCGGCGGCGAGGCCUUGAGCCUGCGCGAGCGCUACAACAUCGGGUUCUGGACCGGUGUCGGGCUUGCAGGCGUCACGACCGCCUGCGUCAUCACGGCGCGGCUCGGCCACGCGUCCGCCGAGCUCACGGCGGACGAGAAGGCGGCGCUGGAGGCAGAGGAGCGCAACACGGCGCAACAGUAGCUUUUCCCCCUCUGCUCUUUCUUUGGGAUUCGUGUUCGGCGUGAGGAAAAUAACGAAUGGCGCAGGGAAGGAAAAGGGACACUAUGAGAUACGUAACGAUACGCAUUAUACAAUAAUCGCGGAGUAAGGAUGUGAUGACUAGGGUAUAAUUAAGUUGAGGCUAUCAGCACAGGUAGUGCUAGCCCGUAUGAUACAAACUGGCAUUGAGCGUUGGGGCGCUUAACGAUCCCAAAAAAUUAAUUAAAUAGAUUAUCC